AUGACAGAUAUAUCAUCUUUAUCUAUAGAUAAAUGUAAAGAAUUGAUUAGUGAUGGUUUGAAAUCAAUACUAUCAACAACAUAUAGUAAAUAUGAUAAGGUAUUGUUUGUUGGUUCAAUUGCUUUACCUUUUUUAGUCAAUUUACCAUAUUUUGGAAUACUACCAAAUAAUCGAGAUCAAAGGAUUGAAUCAUUUUAUGAUAAUGGUGCAAUUGAAAAGAUUAUAAAUGUUUAUCAACAAGUUGAAUCAAAUAUAAAUAGUCGAGAUAUUAGAGAUUUGGCAGAAUUUGCUGAAAGAUCCAACAAGUUGUGUAGAAUAUUGGCAAAGAGAGAGAUAGUGAAACUGUUGUUAAGUAUCAUUUUCAGUGGAGAGGAUUUAUGGAGACAAAGUUAUAAUGGUCAAUUACCUCUAUCUGAAGAAACUAUCUAUCAAAUAUAUACGACUCUUGAUAAUGAAUCUUUAAUGUUGGAUUGUACUGAUUUAUUAAAUCAUAUUUUACCUUGGGUAAAUGAUAUACCAUAUGAAGGAUUGAUAUAUGUAAUUAAAAAGAAUGUUUUAGCAACAUCAAGUUAUAGAUUAACAUGUACGAUAUUAAAAACAAUGAUAUUGAAGCCGGAAACAAUCCAACCAUUUAUAAGUGUUGGUAUAAUCACUAUUACUAGAUACUAUUUAGAUAAUGAAUUCAAAUCUGAAUAUCGAUUGCUGCGUGAUUAUUGGUUACAAAUUACUCAGAUUAUAUGUAAAGACAAAGAUAAUAUAUCAUUAUUGGAUCAAUCAUUGAUAGAUGAAUACUAUAAAAUGGGUAGAUUUAAAUUAUUGAUUCCAAAAGAAUUAAGAAUCAAUAGUCUUGGUAAAAUGCUUGAUAUUGUAACCGAUGGUAUUGGUUUUUAUACUGGUUGGUUAAAUGCAACUGGAUUAUUAUUGGAUCAAAUCAAUACAAAUUCAUAUCUCUCUAAUUGGAUCUAUCGACGAUUAGAUUCUACACUGACUAGAUAUUUGUUGUGUUCAGCCUAUUAUUCAUCGUUGACUCUGUAUUUGGCAGUUUUCAGAAACAAAAAUAUAUUAUAUCCUUUGGCUAGUGUCUUGUCAAUGGCUAUUUGUAGUUACCAAGCAAGACUUGUCAAUCAUCAAAAAUUGGGUGGUCCCAUUUACAAAGCUUUUAAAAAAUAUUAUCAAACUCCUCUUGAUAACUCAAUGAACAAUCAUGAUUAA